AUGAAUCCAGAGAAGAUUCUAGUUUGGAAGGCUGCUAGAGCAACUUCGGCAGCUCCGGUAUUUUUUGAAUCUUUCCAUGGUCUUGCUGAUGGUGCGAUAUUUUGUAAUAAUCCUUGCCUGACGCUGCUGACAGAGUUUUUCCGUCUGCAGAAAAUCGAAAGACACAAAAAUAUUAGAAACGACGACAAAAUAGGCUGUGUAAUAACUAUUGGAAGCGGUGUGGAACCGUCACUUCAGUUGGGAGGAAUUGACAUCAACUUGAGACGAUGA